AUGUCAGUAAAUUCAGUACAAGUAGAUCAAGAGCGUAGACCUGCUCUUCAACAUGGGGAAAAUUUCCUCACACCAGGUCACACAGCUGAAGUAGAAUUGAAAGUUCCUGCAACCAUUCAAGGUCCUAAGAGAACAGAAAACGCCAAAGGUAACAUAUGGGUGACCGAUAAACGAGUCCUCUUUGUAGCUGACACAUUAGAUACACCGGGUACUUCAGCUUCAGCAGCUAACGUACCUUCGAAUCCACCAGAUUAUGAUGCUCCUCCUUCUUUGAGUUCGCUUGAGAUACCUUAUAUCUCGAUGAGAUCAGCGACGUACAAUCUACCCACAUUUUCUGCCAAUCACUUACUUCUAACUUUCAUUCCUUCAUCUUCAUCUUUGCCUGAUCCAGGAACGGGUCAGUACAUAGAGCUGAAGAUAUGGAUUGGCGAAGGCGCAGGCCAUGCUAUCUGGAAAAGGAUAGAAGGCGAGAGAAUCCGGGCUGCAGAGAGACAAAAUCAUUCGGAGGAGGAAGAUUUACCUGCUUACGCACCUGCUUGA